GAGUCUCUGCUCUGGUGGGCCAGCCCGGUCUUUCCGGUUUUCUUUCCCCCCAACUUCCGGACUGGUCGGGUCACGGAGCUCCUCGGCACCGGCAAGCGACCGCUGUGCAACUGAAGACUGACGUGUUUGUUUUCGGCCCAUGGGGCCAGGCUGGUCUGGGCUGCCGCCGGCGUCAUGUCAGACACAGACAGCGAUGAGGAUCCCGCCGGAGGAGGCCCGUUUUCUCUAACCGGGUUCCUGUUCGGCAACAUCAAUGGAGCGGGGCAGCUGGAGGGCGAAGGCGUCUUGGAUGAAGAGUGUAAGAAGCAUCUUGCAGGCUUGGGGCCUCUGGGUCUGGGCAGCUUGAUCACUGAACUCACGGCAAAUGAAGAACUGGCUGGGCCUGACAGGGCCUUGGUAGAUGAUGAAGGUGAAGUGUGGGCCAUGGGGACUGUCAUGUGGGUUAGGGGAGGGGGCUAG